UGGAAGUUUAACAUUUGAGACCUUUUGUUUACAAUAUAACAUUUUUAUCGAAAAUAAUAUUAUUUUAAUUAAAAAUGACAUCUAGCACAGACAGCAGUGACAAUGAGCCGAUUGAUGAUUCGUGGGCAAAACUUAAGACAAAUAGGAAUUUUGAUGAGGAAACUAAUAAACUAGUUCUGGCACGAAGAAAAUCAUCAUCAAGUAAUCAGGCAGGAAUCGAUGAGAUAGACACAGGAAAAACAGUUUUCUUCGAUGCUUUAAUGCCAUCUACUCCUUACUCAUUAUUAGUUCAAUCUUUAAUUAAGCAACUAUGCAAUUUUAUCGAAGGAAAUAAGAGUAAAUCCAAUGAAUUGUAUCAUAAAAUAUGUCUUAAAUUACAUGAACUGCGAAUGAUAGAUGAAAGCUACCAAAAAAAUGAGUUUGAAAACAUUCGUUCAUGUUAUGAAACUGCCAUUAAUGCACUAGUGAACAUAGCACGUGAAAAUACACUACCGAAUAAUAAUAUUGUUGAAUUUCCGCUAAAUGGUGAGCCACAGCAUGCAUUAGAAUGGUCAAGAUAUUAUAAAGAUUUUGAAGAAAUCGAAAAGAUUGCACACGGUGGAUUUGCAGAUGUUUUUAAGGCACGACAUAAAUUAGAUAAUCAUAUUUAUGCGAUCAAAAAGAUUCUUAUUAAAUCAACUUCUGUUAAAAAUAUACUUCCACACUUGAAGGAAGUUAAGACAUUUGCGUCACUUAAUCAUUUAAAUGUCGUCCCAUAUAAAUCAUGUUGGUUAGAGCCACUUAUAUCCUUUGAAUCAAACUCACGUUUGGUAACGCACGAAGAAGAGAGCUGGGAAACGAGAAAUGAGAGUGCCAACAUACGAAUAACGCAAAGCAAUGAUUCCUUGAGACUUCAUACUAAUAAUAAUGAGAGCUUCAGUAUUAAUUUUGAAUAUAGCGAGAAUCAUCAAUCAAAAAAAAGUGUUCUAUCAUCAAUUGCUACAAAUAAUGAAAGCCUUUCAAAUAUAGAAAGAAUCCGGCGUCUUGAUUUAUCAAAUUGUAGUUCCGAGUCUAAGUCAUUAAUACCACAUGUUAAACUUGCGUGGUCUGUACUUUUCAUUCAAAUGAAAUUGUGUGAAAAAACUCUUCGAAACUUCCUCGACGAGAGAAACGAAUGUGAAAGCUUUAAAUCAUAUUAUGAAUCCUUCAAUUUAAAUGGAGAUAAUAUGACAUCUAUUGUUAUGAGCAUUUUCCUACAAAUUUGUAACGGACUUGAGUACAUUCAUAAUAGGUCAAUAGUUCAUCAUGAUUUGAAACCAGGCAAUGUUUUUGUAUCGUUUGACAGUUCCUCUAUAUUAUUUCAAUUAGGAGAUUUCGGCUUAAGCUGUCCUCUCGAUGGUAACGAAAUGGUUUCACAUUAUGGAUUUGGAACAAGAUUAUAUGCUGCAAAAGAGCAAUUGGAAGGAAGAAUUUGCACGAAAAAAUCAGAUAUUUACAGCUUAGGUGUAAUUUUAAUUGAAUUACUUCUGAGAUGCAAAACGUUCAUGGAAUGCUCGAAUAAAGUCGAUAGCUUGAAAAAGGGAGAAAUAUUAUCAGAAAUAGAACCGAAUUUAUGUCUAUUUAUUACCAGACUAUUGAGCAAUCGAUCAGAUUUGCGACCUGAAAUAACAGAGAUUAAGAACAAAAUAUCUCAUUACAUUGACAAUUCCUCUACAGAAGUUAUUCGCUUAAAAAAUAUAAUCGAAGAAAAGGAUGCAAAAAUUGAUGAAUUAAUGGAACAAAUUAGGGCACUUAAAGAACAACUUUCAAAGUGAACAAAUUGUUGUUAAUCAAUUAAUUUUUUUUAAUUGUAUGGAAAAGACUUUAAUGUAAUAGGUAAACAAAAUUCAAAUUAAAAAGAGAUUUUGAUCACAUGUGACUGUCCAAC